CGCGCUGGGGUUCGCACGUGGAAUGACAAGUGUCCCAGUCAAAUCAUGCUCCCCUUGCCAGCUUUGACCUCACCCCAUUCAGCAGCCAGGGUUGCCGUUUACCGACGAGAAACACGUCGCCUUCUCUCCCCGUCAGUCGCUGAUAUACGGGCGACACUUCGCUACCUUCGUGCGCGCUCGCGGCUCACGAAUCUUGGCGUCUGGCUGCUGACUGUGUUCGCUUCUCUAUCUUUCCUCUAUAACCUCUCGUUCAUAUUUUCGUCGACCUCAGCAGUGUUUUCUGAUGUAUAUCCGUCAAGCAUCCUUGCUACGAUAGAGCGCAAUGAGACUCUGAAGGGCCUCGACCAUCUCAUAAUUGUCCCCGGCCAUGCCAUUUGGGCGGGGUCGAGACCAGAGCAUGCCUUGAACGAGGAAUACUGGACAUUAGAGGACUACCAGAAGGAUAAUGGUCAUGUACUGGCAAUCACUGAUCAUAUCAAACAAGCGGUAGCUCUUGCUGUAGAAGAUGAAAGCUCCUUGUUGAUUUUCAGUGGCGGUCAGACCAGAUUGUUGUCGACCACCACAGAGGCGGAAUCGUACAUGCGGUUGGCUCUCAGUCUGGGCCUGUUCAAAAACCACUCCCUUUCAUCCUCAGCCCUCCCACCCUUUCCUCGCGCAACUACCGAAACCUACGCUCUUGAUUCGUACCAAAAUUUGCUAUUUUCCCUCGCUCGUUUUCACGAAGUUACUGGUCGAUACCCAUCUCGGGUAACAGUUGUGGGUUAUGAGAUGAAACGACGACGUUUCGAGGAGCUUCACCGAGCUGCCAUCCAAUUUCCAGCGCGACUCUUUCAAUAUGUCGGACUGGAACCUCACGAGGGCGGCGGGGAUUCCACGAGGGCUCGGGAAGGCGAGUUUCAGAAUGGUUACAAGCCCUACACUGCCGACCUGUAUGGUUGCCACGACUUCCUGCUCGCUAAGCGGCGGGCAAGGAACCCGUUCUUACGCUUUCACCCGUAUCACACUUCCGCACCAGAGUUGCGUGGCCUACUAGAUUGGUGCCCCAGCGACCCUAGGUCAAUAUACCAGGGUCAUCUGCCCUGGGACGCAACCGAGUAAAUGCGACUAGUAGCCCUACCCUUGCACCGCCCAGCCGUCGCAUCGCGUGAACUUAGAUAGUUUGUCGUCUAAUAGACGUAAACUAAUGUGAAAAGACUUGCCGCAGACCGCACGGCAUCAAUCACGUG